CCAGAUUCUCGUUCUCCUCCCCCUCCUCCUCCUCCGGAUUCCUUCUGCGGCAAACUCUGCAACUUCCUCAUCAUCUCUCCGCCGCUCGGAAUCGGAUUCGUUUCGUCUCCCAUGGACGCGUCGGAGUACCUCAAGCCCUCCGUCCGAACUUCGAAGAAGCGCGACUUAGAGGAUCAUUCUCUGCAACUGGCCUCCGCCAAUAAGAGAGUGGCGCUUGGCGAGAUCACCAACUCGUUGAUCUUCAAUACCAGACAGUGCUCGCUUUCUGAUCAGGAGAUGACGGAUAAGGAUAUGGACGAGGAGGAACGUCCCGAUGGAAUCUCUGUUGAUUGUUCUAAAAAGUGUCGUUCUGCAUCUAGCAUCUAUAACCACCUUCGAUCUCUGGAGAUGGAACUGCACAUGAAGGUACUGCCCAAUAACAUCGUAAAGGCUCAAAAUGGUGAUUCCAUUUUAAGUUUCACUUAUAUGCGAGAAAUUCUUGUGGAUUGGUUAGUAGAGGUUGCUGAAGAAUACAAGCUUGUAUCGGACACCCUAUAUCUCACUAUAUCACAUAUGGACAUAUACUUAUCCUCGCAAGCUGUUGACAAAAGCAAGCUGCAGCUUCUUGGUGUUUGUUGCAUGCUUCUUGCAUCAAAGUAUGAAGAGAUCAAUCCUCCAAAUGUUGAAGACUUCUGCUAUAUAACAGACAAUACAUAUACCAAAGAACAGGUAUUGAGUAUGGAGAGAGAAGUACGCAAAUUCUUGAGCUGUGAAGGUGCCCCCACCAUAAAAAAUUUUCUCAGAAUAUUCACAAAAGUUUCUUUGGAAAAUUGGAAGGCUCCAGACUUGCAAUUCGAGUUUUUGAGUUGUUACCUUGCGGAGCUAAGUUUGUUAGAUCACCGUUUUGUACAGUUCUUACCAUCAAUGGUCGCUGCAUCAGCUAUUUUUCUUUCUAGAUUCACAAUUCAACCAGAUGAACAUCCUUGGUGUUUAGCGUUGCAACAUUACUCCGGUUACAGACCAUCUGAACUGAAGGAAUGCAUUCUUGCCAUUCAUCGCUUGCAAUUAAAUAGAAAAGGAAGCUCUUUACAAGCAAUAAGAACCAAGUAUAAGCAGCAUAAGUUCAAGUGUGUGGCCGAGUUAUCUUCUCCCUCAGAAAUUCCUGCAUAUUACUUUGAGGACAUUGACAAGCAAUCAUUCAACAGGUUCUUGAGAACUUAACUGUUUGAUUACCUUGAAGCUUAAGCCAUUCCUUUUCCCUUGGCUAGCAUAACAUGCACAGUAACCAUGCACAAAUAAUGAGAAUUUGUUGCUAGUUAGAUAGAAGAUACCCCUCUCUCUCUCUCUUCACUGUAAGAAUGCAAUUGAAUCAUAAUGAAAGUUCUUAUAGUUGAAA